AUGGGCCGAAAUGCUGGCACCACCAAACCAAGCAAGCCAUGGCCUCCGUGGUAUGGAGCCUACACUCGGCAGCUUCGAAGCACGCACCGUGAAACACUUCUUGAGGAGACGGGCCGCGUCCUUCAACACCUUGAGAUACUCCAGGCAUGGCAGGACCAGCUGCGCGCGCUGCUUGACCAGGCAUUGGGAGCCGUGCGGCAGCGAUGCCAGGAGGGUUCGGCACUUCAAACUGAAUCGGACAUCCAGACACUGGCUUCAAUUGGCCAGUGGGCGAAGCAAGAGAGACAACGACAAUUGGAAGGGCUGUCACUUCUUUGGAAGCUGCUGUACGGCGACUGGAAGCCCGAGAAGGUGAUGCCGUUCAUGGCAGCGCCGCAGGUGCGUGUUGCUAGGCACGCGGUAGAAAUGCUGCAGCAGCUUGUGAAGCAGGUUUUCGAGAUGGUUUCUGACAAUGUGAAGGCGAAGCAUGGCCCAAAGCCACCGUCCACCCCACCUCCAGCGCAUUUGCUGAGAAGGCUGCAGGCUGACCAGGAAGUCAUGGAAGUCCGGAAUGGGGAGCCAAUGCCAAUAUCAAACGAAGGGGGAAGUCCUGCAUCGCCCAUACAGCCUGAGCCUGGGGAGCCUGACUCGUCGGGCAAGAGUGUCCCAGACUUCGACCGACAGCAGCAGGAAUUCGAGCACCAGAAGCAUCAGCUUCAGCAAGAGCUCGCAGCUAUAUUGCAACGGCGUGAAGCAAUGGAGACGCAUGGAACUGAGCAGAGGAUCAGCGGACUGGAGCUCCUGCAAGAACUGGAGCGCGUCAACGCAAGCGAGCCUGGGAGUCAGCAAUGCCAAGAGCUGCAGGAGCAAUUGCAACGUGAACUGCAUAUGUCUCAACAACAGCAGCUGUGCCAGCAAAUGUUGCAGCAGCUCGAGCUGGAGAUGGAGCUGCAAAGGCAAGAGUCAACACGCCACGAGCGCAACGCAAGUGCUACGUGCCAGCCCCAGCUGUCCCAGGAGUCCCAGGAGUCCCAGGCACAAGCCUCCAGUCGAAGUGCCGACUUGCAGCACUGGUUGUCCAGCUUGCAUCAGAUAUCUGAGCAGAUUCAGCAUCUGGAGCUGCUCUCGCACCCCUGCGACCCCAACGUCGAUCUGGAUGAGCGAAACAUGUUGUGGACAUACCUACAAGCUGAACUUGACAGUCCACAGGAAACGAAGCGGGAGCGCGGGGAUGGUAAGAGGGGCCAUUUCGGCAAAGGCAAAGGCGAACGGCUCAAUGUCUUCCGACAUGGAGGUGGAGGUCGUCAGCUGCAGGAAGCCGCGGCGAUCCUUCGGCCACCACCAGCUCCGCCAGCUGCUCCGCCAGCUGCUCCGCCAGCUGCUCCGCCAGCUGCUCCGCCGGCUGCUCCGCCAGCUCCACCCCCUCCACCUCCGGCACAAUGUAGUGAAGAGUCUGCGGAUCCACACCAAGCUUCUGACAGGUGCAACCAUCAGCAGGCAGAGGAUGAGGCUUGGCGACUUCUUGCAAACAUCUUGUUCAAGACAGGAGUGGCCUUUCGAAGGCCGGACAAAGCAACGGCAUGCUCACUUGGCUUGCUUGCUGUAGCGGCGCGCACGGACGUUCCGGAGGAGAAGCAAGGGCUGAAGCUAGUCCAGGUCUUGAAGGGCCCGGCCAAGGCGGCAGUCGACGUGCUUCCGGUGGACAAGAUCAAGGACACGGGCGGCUACAAAGAGGUGGUCAAGGCCUUGAAGAGCGCGUUUGAGCCGUAUGUGGAGACCGGGCGAUGGAGGCAGUGUUCUUCGGAGCCCGGCGGUCUUGAACGACGAGGGGGUGACCUUGCCCUCGAAGGCGGCGGGCUCCCUACUUUGCCGUCAGGCGAACCUUGGCCCAGAGCUGGAGUCAACUCCCUGGACGUGGUGACCGGAGGCUGGAGCGGGUGCACCACGAGCACCUUCUUGACGGCAACGGCCGGGGACGAUGAGGAGGCCCAGGUCGAGCCCUACGGCCAGGAGGACCCGGGCGUCUAUUACGAGGAGGCUUCGGAGGAGGACGACGGCGACUACGUGAACCUUCAGGACGGCGAGCUGGACGAUAUCUACGAGGAAGACGAAGUGCUGGAAGCGCUGGCGACAUACCAGCAAGUGCGCCAGCACCUGAAGGACACCCGGCUGGGGAGGAAGUUCUACAAGCCCUUCCCGCCGACUUCCGGGAAAGGCGGCGGCAAGAAGGGCAGCCAGCCCUUUGGGAAGUCCAAGAAAGGCUCUGGGCCAGGAGCGGGCAAAGGAGCGGACCGGGAGCAGAGGAAGAUCCACAUAGAGCAGCUGAAGCUGAGGACGCGGUGCAACGCAUGUGGACAGAUAGGGCAUUGGAGCAAAGUGUGCCGAAAUCGCCCAGCUUCUAGCACGACUCCCAGCCAAACGGCUUCGAGUUCCUCAGGAAGCUUUUAUGUGAGCGCCGAGUCGACAAAGGGCGAGCGCGUGGCCUUUGUUACCUACGAUCAGGGCGGCCAGAAGGAAAAGAAGCAGUUCGACCCAAGCCCGUUCAUAGGAGUUGUCACGCCGGAGCACCAAGCCAUAGUAGACACUGCAGCGCAAGCCGGGUUGAUCGGGAAGCCAGCUUUGCUUCGACUUUGUGAAGUUCUCCGUUGGCUCGGCCUUCGGUGCUUGUGGCUGGAUAAGGUGUCCUCUGCUCGAGGCAUAGGGGGCUCAGCUAAAACGAUCGGGGUGGUCGAGCUUCCGGUGGGUGUCGCGGGCGUGAGUGGAGUGUUGGAAGCCACCGUGGUGGUGGAGGACGUUCCACUACUUCUUCCCGUUUCGCUUCUUCGCUCUCUUGGGGCCGUCGUGGAAUUUCAGCGGGAAGUGCUCUCCUUUACCAAGUGUUCGGCAGAAGAGUGGCAGUUUCCUACAGCAUGUACAGGAGUUCGCUCAGAAGCCGACUUUCGAAUCAAUGCCCGGGCUGUGCCGCUGGCCGUGCGAAACUGGCGGGUACUCUUGGACAAGCUCUAUUGCUUGGUGCGCUGGGGUCACUAUCAUACCCCAGCCUCGACUUGGCUGCGCAGUGUGCCGUCCCCUUCGCCGGCGCUGGCUAGGGGCUAUGCCGAGAAGGAGGAGACCGUAGGGCCCACCAACAAGUCGGCCUUCUACCACGAGUACCUUCACGAGAAGAACCCGGAGAAGCUCUCGGCGGUGCAGGCAGUCUCCGUGGAGGAUUGCACCCACCAGGUGUCACCGAGAUCCGCGGCGAGGGUCAUCAAGAGGCCUUUGCAGGAGACGACCGUCCAGGCCAAACCAAAGACGCGGGCUCCUCCGGCGAGCCGCUCGGAAGGGCCAAUGCCGACGCCGACGGUGACACCCACGAAGAAGGAGUACCUGAAGGUGAUCACGCGUCAGAAGGAGGACGUCGACCAAGUGGAUCUCCUCACUGGCCAGACGCUGGACUUUCAGCUGGCAGAGAAAGCGGCGGAGACGCGACUGGAGUGGGCCCAGUCGGCGGAUCAGUUCCAGGCGGCAGCGCACCAGAUCGUGGCCUCUACCAGAACCUGCUGCAGCAAAGGUGCUCAAGGCGGCCUCGGCCGCAGCAGUGCAGAGAUGGCGGGCUUCACCGGCCGGAGACCGAUCGGCGACCACACCGGCGAGGAUGGCGCGAACUACCUAGAGGCUCUCGGCCACCACCUCGACACUCCUCAGGAGAGCGCCACGGAGCCGGCCAUUGUGAAGGAGCUCAACGCGGCAGCCAGCUCGCAGGAGAGGGCCGAAGAGUGGGCGACUUGGGCCCGGGAGCGGCCAGCCCAGUUGACGAUACGGCUGGCCGGCAACAAACAUCAGAUGGAGCACGCAUGCCGUUUAUUGGCCUGGAAGGAGCUUAAGAAGAGCCUCCUUUCGACCUCCGGCGGCGUUCCUCCUACCGCACCAAGGGCCUGGAAGGCCUACCACGUCGACGCGUACCCGAUCGACUUGGACAACCUGGAGCACGGUGAGAAGGAAGCCAUUGCCAAGCUACAUCGCAACUUGGGGCACCCCGACAGGGCGACCUUGGCACGCACCUUGCGGAACUACGCUCCCAAUGUGGUGGUGGCAUUCGACCUGCCGACCUGGGACGGCCAUGGGACCGAGAAGUACCUCAACAUGACCUGCCUGGGUUCCAAUUUUCAGAUGGUCGAAAAGGUCCGGGCGAAGACCCCGAUUACGGUCUGGCAAGCUUUCUUGAAGAGCUGGGCCCGUGUGUUUGGGAUGCCGCAGAUGAUCCUGGUGGACCAGGGCACGGAGUUCCUAGCAGAGUGCCGGGACCGUUGUCACCAGCUGGGCGUCCUGAUGCACACCAUAGGCGCGAGAGCGCCUCACCAGAACGACCGCUGCGAGCGGCACGGCGGACUUUUUCGGGCGCUUCUUCAGAAAGCUAUGUGGUCCUGCCCGCCGACGGACGGUGACGAGUUCAAGCUGCUGCUGCGGGAAACGGAGUCGGCCAAGAACCGGCUCUCAGACAGAUCUGGCUUUUCCCCGGCCCAGAGAUGCUGGGGAAAAUCCAAAGACUACGGGAGAGUUGCUCUCCGACGGGAUGGUGGACGCUGCGCUGCUGGGACGGAACUUCGGAGGAGCUACGCGGCAUCAAGGCAGUCAACGACGUGUUCCGGGAUAUGCGGGGCCGUUUUGAGCUCUCCGGCCCGGGAGAGCAGGGUCGUGACCGACCUGACCAGGAGCCUCUACCACCUGAUGCCAAAGCGCCGCCCCAUGGUGAAGUGGAGGCGGAACCGAGGGCUGCGCCGGCUUUGGCGAGACCGCCCCCGGCCGCAGCUGAGAACGCCGGCUAGGCGGUGCGCGCGACCUCCUCGACAGAGCAAGAGAGGAGGACCCAAGGACCCAAGGCCAGAGAGGCCGUACUAUGUGAUUGCCGGGCAAGAUCAGCACGACUUCUUUGAGCAGACGCUGGAGGAGAUUGCGGUCGCGAGCCCGGGAAGUGGACAAAGAGCACCGCAGCGGGAUCAUUGGGAACUGCUGCUCAGCAAGGGGCUCGCGAAUUCCGGUGGAGCUGAAGCAGUUCCAAAGACCUGGCGAGACCUAAGGCCAGCCAAACGGGCACCCGCAAAGUGGCGGGGAUACACCGACUUCUACCUGACCGAAGCGGCCAAGAAGGAGCUCAAGAAAGUGUUUGCGGCACAAGAGAAGAUCCAGGAGCACGGCGACCAAGGCGUGUUCGAAGUGUGGACCGACACCUUCCUCGCAAAGAAGGUGGCAAGCGGGAGAAAGACAUCCAGGAGAGCGAGUGGCCGUUAUGGGAGAAGGCGGAUACUGGCUUCAGGCGCGGUCCGGCUUCUGACCCCAGAGGAGUCAGCAGAAGUACGCGCAGAGGCGCAAGGCAAAGGGGACCGCAUCAUCGACUCCCGCAUCGUGCGCCGGAGGAAACCAGGGGAACAGCUGGGCGAAGCACCCAGUUUCAAAUCUGGUGCGGGCGACCGAGACCCCGACUCGGCGGAGAUCGAGGCCUGCGCUCCUACACUAAGCACUCAGGUGCUGCUCCAGUUGGUCAGCACGCUUCGCCCACCAGGUGCUUGUGGGGACCUCAAGGUGGCCUUUACACACAGCGACCCGCUCGUGCGGGCGGCCGGCAAGCUCAACGUGCGGCAGCCACGCCGCAGCCACCUGCCGAAUGCCACCGAGGACCAGUUGAUCGAAAUAGUCCGGGGAAUCUACGGUUUGGUGGACAGGCCGGCCCACUGGCGGGCUACACUCAAAGCCUUCCUGGUGGAACAGUUGGGGUGCAGGCAGUCGCGCUUAGACGCCACUAUUUUCCUGCUGUACAAGACCGAGCAAGAGAUGAAGCAAGUGGGCCCAGAGGAAAGCCGUUUGGAAGGAGUGAUUGUCAUCGAGGUCGACGACAUGUUGACCUUCGGCGGGACCAUCCACAAUGCCAAACUUCAGGCACUACGCGAGCGCUUUCAGUCCGGCAAGUUCAAGAUGCUCCAGGACCUCGAGGAGGGCACCAUGUUCAACGGGCGUUCAGAGCCAGACGCCCCGGCUACCGAGGAGGAGCGGCAAAAGGCCCGUGGAGCCACAGGUUCGCUAGCUUGGCUGGCGAAAGAGGGUCGGCCAGACCUGGCCGGAGCAGCCAGCAUGCUGGCUGCGAGGAUGGGAGACUUAAAGGUGAAGGACCUGACCGAGAUCAACAAGGCCAUCCAGGUCGCCAAGCAGACCCGCGACCUCACCUUAAAGUUCUUCCCGAUUCCACUUUCCCACCUGGGCCGGGGCACUAUCACGGACGGCGCUUUGGCGGUGGUGGCUUUUGACAAGGCCAUCCUGAACGGUGAGCGGGCGGCCUGCUCACUGGUGUGGUGGAAGUCUUCGAAGUUGAAAAGAAAGGCUAAGGCAGACAUAGUCUUGCAAAAGAGCAAUGCCGACGAAGUUCUGAAGGAGUCGCUUUCAGUGGUGGACGCAAAGAGUUUAUACGAUAACUUGAUGAAGACGGGCGCUCAGGCCCAGGACAAGUUCACCGCCUUGGACGUGACGAUUGCCAGGGAGAAGAUAGAGGGCCUAGGAGUUCAACUGAGGUGGGUAGAGCACCAGAGUAUGCCGGUGGACUCCUUGACGAAGCUGGGGGCCAACCGAGAUACGUUGGUUCAGCUGAUAGAGAGCGGCACUUUUCGCCUGGAAGCCGAGGACGAUCUGAUGAAAGAUCGCUUGUAUAGGCGGCAGACAGGCACCGUGAAGCCGAGAUGA